AGACAUACAGUUGUGUCUUCCUGAAUUCUCUAAUCUCUUGAUCAAAUGGGGAGCGAGGAAGUCGUGGUGGUUGGAGGGGAGAGAGCAGGAGCUGCGAUCGUGUAUGGAGCGGAGGAGUGUUACAAGAAGUCGGUGGAGCUUCUAGAGGAGCUAGGGUUUCCAAAAGGUGUGAUGCCUUUGAAGAACCUCGUGGAGUGUGGAAGAGUUAGAGCCACGGGUUUCGUGUGGAUGAAACAAAGCACUCCUUACGAACAUUUCUUCGAAGCCACCAAGACUCGCGUUUCUUACGCUGUUGAGGUCACCGCAUAUGUCGACAAGGGUUGUAUGAAGAAGAUGACAGGGGUGAAGAGUAAGCAGAUGUUAAUGUGGGUACCGAUUGUGGAGAUGACUUUGAAGGAGCCAAAGAGCGAGAAGAUCUACUUCAAAACUCCGAUGGGACUCGGCAAGGCUUAUCAUGUUACCUUAUACAUGGAUGAGGAAGAGAAACGCAACUUUUACUUGGAGAAUCCCAAAAAAUAAAACAUUUUAUUAUGAUAAAUAAAUUAUAUUUCCGGUUGCUUUUGAUAUGUUUCUGUUUUCACUCUUAUCAGGUUGCUUUCUAUGCCAUUACUAAAAAAAUUAUGUUGACAAUUAUGAAAAGAAGUAAAAUUCGUUUUGUGAUGCAAUGGUUAUAAUUUGUAAUUGAAAUCGAUAAAGAAAAAUAAUUUCAGUUUC